UUUCAUCAUAGAUGUUGCUAAAAUGCCAACUAUUAUUGCAUUCGAUUGUUCGCUUUCGAUGAGCCGUGUUGUAACGACACAAGUAGGAGAAGAAGGUGGAAUAAAAAUAUCCCAAAAACACCUUGCAUAUGAUGCAUGCAAUGAACUUCUCAAAUAUUUAUCAAAAAGAAUAAAACUGGAAUACACUGCAUUGUUAUCUUUUUCUUCGACUUGCCAAGUACUCUGUGAGUUCACAAGAGAUCAUGAAGCUUUGAAAGCAGCUUUAAACAAGGCGAAGCUUCGAGAUAAAGCUUGUCUUGAACCAUUAUGUCAUGAAAUAAAUAACUUGGUAUCAAAAGAAUUCGGAUAUAUGGUUCCAUGUAACAUCAUUAUUGUAACCAAUGGUAGAGUUAACUGGACAUCAGAUGUCAGAAGUGUUAAUCCAGAAGAAUCUCUUCAAAGCAUUGAAUUUCCAAUCAAAUUUCAAAGUGCAAUUCAUUUCAUCUGUGUCACAGAAGAUCUAGCUAAAUCCGGAAGAGAAAAAUUUAUACAAGCAGUGAUUCAGACAAAUAAUGGUAAAGGUACAAUCAACAAUUUACAGAGUCCAGUGAUUGAUCACCAACUAUCGGUUCGGAAAAUGGUGAACGAUUUUACUUCGAAGCACAUGAGUGUGUUCACUGGAAGACUACAAUGUGGAAAUCUUAAAAAUGAUAUUGUAUUAUUUCCAUCACCAGAAAAACAAAAGUCAUCUGGUGAUAUUGGUAUGAAUCCACUGAGAAGCAUUGAGAAAGAUUUGCACAUUGUUGGGUUUUUGAAUAUUUCAGAUGUCAAAAGUCCACCUGCAUCAUCAAGGCACCUUAUCCUACCUGUUGGUAAUACUAACAUAACAACAACUGAAGAUGACAAAUCUCCUUCACAAGAUCUUGGAAAUUUGCCAUCGUUUAUUGUUGCACUUCACGGAAGUCUAAAAAUAGAACACAAAAUUGCAUUGGUACUUGUAGGUGAAGACUGGUAUGGUAUUAUCAGCUCAUGGACCGAUCACAAGAAAAAAUCAAACUUGAUUCUCUCAUUAUUUGGUAUUGGGACGGAAUGUAUUCCAUGGUUGGGUUCACUUGAGCACCUGGGACCAUCAGAGGGGGCUCCGCCUAUCCCAACUGACAAAAAACAUGUCGCUUCUUUUGCCGUUGCAAGUGAUCCGAAGAGUUAUUCUCAAAAUCUUGUUGUCUGGACGAAGCCUACUGGGCUACAAACUGACGUGCAAAAGCUUUUAAGGAGUGCUAAGAAAUUACCAGAGAAAACACAGGUGUUCUACAAAGAUCUUAAUCGAAUUCGAAAAGCAGCACUGGCAUUCGGAUUUUUUGAACUUUUAGAAGGGAUUGCUGCAAUACUGGAAAGGGAAUGUACAAUGCUGCCUGGCACAUCUCAUCCAGAAGCAACUUUACAGCUAUCACAUGCUGCUCAAGAGUUAAGAGUAUUGAAAGGAUAUGAUGUAUCAAUUUCUCCUCUAAAAACUGAUUUUAAGCAUCAUUCAAGAUGAUAAUAAAAUUUACUCAAUUAGAAAUCAGGUGUUUGUAGUAUAUUUGACACUCCCAAAUUAAAUAAUAGCAUUUUUAUUGAGCCAGCCACGCAACGCUCAUAAGAUUGAUGAUGAUUUGAAAAGUUAAUCCCAUGUUUAGGAAUAAUUUUGGGAUUCCUUGCAUGAUAUUUUGAUUAAUCGGUUGGCAUGCUGUGCUUAGCAUCAAGGCAACGCUUGCCGAUGCACGACUGUUUACCCUGUGGGGCUUCGUGAGCUUGUAAUCUUCUGUGGGGCCAUUAUGAGUAUUUGCCAGACUCCUCAUCUCUGGGUGGUUCAUGUAAGUGCUGGACAGUUACCGAAUCAUCCAGUGACGGCCUUAGCUAUUGUGAGGAAAAUUGCGAAACGGAUUGGCAGUGAACUUAGAAUUAA